UCAAUCUCAAAUCAUUCAUCAAUCAAACUUGACUCUUGUCCUCUCCAACUCCCAAUUUCCGCUCCUCAUUCCACGGUCGCAUCACGUCACACCAUAUCAUCACAUCCGACCAUUCCACUACUUACCGUCCGUCUACUUGCUCUAAGGUCCUAAAAUACCGGGCUUUUUGGAUGUCAUAAGGGCGACGGCCUAGCAGUCAACAUGUCUUACGGUCAAUAUCAAAACAACUCAUACCAGGAUGGUUCUCUAGCUGAGCACGGCUACCAGGAGCACGAGCUACAGAGCUAUCCAGAACAGCAACCAAUCUCAGACACUCUUUCACAGCAAGAUUUCCUCAACCGGAUUCAAUUCCUCCGCAAUGAAAUCCGUACCCUUACGAGCAAUGUUCAAACAAUUGCGUCCCUACACCAGCGCGCGCUGGCUGAAGGCGACGGCGGUGCAGCAUCGCAACAACUUGAACGCGCUGUCGCCGACACGCAGACCUUGAACGUCGGUAUUCGAGAUCAACUAAAAUUCUUAGCCAACGAUGCAAACAAAUCUCCGCCUAACAGCACCACCCGCGAUAUGAAGGAGCGGCAGGUCGCCACCAUCAAAGCCGAGUUUGAGCGCGAAUUAAGCAAUUACCAGAAAGAAGAGAGCGUUUACAGCCAACGGUACCGCGAACAGAUUGCCCGUCAGUACCGUAUUGUCAAUCCCGAUGCUACCGAGGAAGAAGUUCGUAAUGCGGCCGAUGCCGAUUGGGGCAAUGAAGGUGUCUUCCAGACCGCGCUCCGCACCAACCGUGCCGGUCAAGCGUCGUCAGUUCUCGGCGCAGUGCGCGCGCGCCACAAUGAGCUCCAGCGCAUUGAGCGGACCCUUAUCGAACUCGCGAAUAUGUUCCAAGAUCUUGCCAUAUUAGUGGAGCAGCAGGAUAAUGCGGUAGUCGAAGCAGUUAACAAUGCCGAGAACACGACUAAAUACAUCGACGAAGGCAAUACCCAUGUAAAGAAAGGAAUCGUCCACGCCCGAAACCGCAGAAAGCUAAAGUGGUGGUGUCUCGUCGUCGUAAUCAUCAUUAUUGCUAUCGCCCUUGGUGUCGGUCUAGGUGUGGCUGCUAACGCCGGACUACUCGGUGGCAAUAAAAACAACAAUAAUAAUAACAGCGGCAACUAAAUUGCCAUCGGGGGUCACUUCAGAGUAGAUGAACGAUAACGAAACGACUUUUUUCAAAUCUCGGGAGACGAGAUGACCGGGGUAAAAUUAUCAGAUCGCACAGAGAUGGCAGAUCUUGGUACAACUUAUAUUAAUUCCCAACCUUUCCAUCCGAUAUCUAGAACGUCGGCAGACCUUCCGGUCCACGGUUAGUAUGGGGAGGGUGGAAUCCUUAAUGCAUUGUUUCUCAUGUACGCAUGGUUUUAUGCGAAUUAUUCACCGCUCGGGGCGGCUUGUUUUGUCUAUUGGAUCUUUUCUCGGGGUCAGGGUCCAGGCUGAGACGGGCUGAUGGUUGUACAUAAGUAGAUGUGUAGGCCCGUAUGCUUAUUAUUACCUUUUUUUCAUAUUCAGACGAUUCCAAAUCUACCUAGGUACGUAUUGAAAUUGCUCGUGCUUCCAAUUACCUGUUUGAAGCUUUACAUAUUGUGGAAAAUUCACGUCUACAGAGGUUGAUCCGGGUUUAUGUAUCUCCACAUGCAAGUAUGAUCGCUUAAAUUCAUAAUCGUCGUGAAGCCUACGUCUUCAGUGGAU